GAGCGAAGGAACGUAGUUUAUUUCAGAUGAAUAUUGAAUUUUCGCGGGCUCGAGAUAGUAGCGACAUAUUUGCGUCACGUGACCGUCAUCGAUCCAAUGGUUGAGCGCGUCUCGGGUCCAUUCAACUCGGUCCCGACAGAGACAGGGAGGGACACUUCACAACACCUUCUAUUCAUACGUAGGAGAUAUUUAUAUGUUUCUGUCCCUCUCGCGCGUAUUGAGAAAUAAUUAAAUGAAUGGUGAACGAGUGAAACAGGGAUACGUUCGAGUGGAAAUUAUUGAAAGCGGCUGCCUAGGCCAGUCGCCAUGUAGAUUUUUUUGAUGUGGGUGUUGUGUCUCAGGAUGUCGAGCGCUUCAAUGAUUACUAUUUUCAAGUGGACGUUUUGAAUUUUGUGUUUAUCGUCAUCUAAACGAUUCGUGGUGUUAUAAAGUGUUAGUGGACAAUAUUUAUUCUUUGUGCUCGUGAACGAUUCGGAUCGGUGACGGCGAAUAAUCUCUGGAGGGGGGCUGCUAAAAUACUACAAUAGGAUAGUAACAACGUUUUACAACUCAGUAGAAGUGUUCGGAGCGCUCAUAAAAUUUCUCAUAUCGGUGCGGGCGAGGCGGACUUCCAUUUUGUUUUAUUAUGAGGUUUCGUUGUUUACUCGGUGCGUCCACGACAAUGGAAAGAGACGGAUCACGGCCACAAUGACUGUGCAGUAGGCGGGCAUGCAGCGAGCCGCCGCGGGCGGCGCUCCGCAGCCGCAGCCCUCCGCCGCCGCCCCCGCGCACCCCCGGCGUCUGCACGCGCUCUACCCGGACAUUGAUGACCAGAUACCCGCCUCAGUGAUCAGUAGCGUGGGCACAGUGAGCCUAUCCCAGGCCUCCUGCCCAACCUCCAUCACCAUGGCCAACCCCACCAACCCCGGCACCGCCAGCAGCGGCCAGGCCCAACCGGCCCAGGCCUCUCGCCUCCCCAAGAAACGGAAGUUCGACCCUUCAGAACUCGAAGAAAUGGAGAGGACUUGCACGAAUAAUGUCAACAACGUUGUCGUCUCCGCUCCGCAGGAGUACCAUCCGCAGAUAUACCCUCCACCUAUGCAGCCUUCGCCAAUCCAACCGUCACCGCCACAAGACAUGAAGUUCUCUCUUUAUCCAAACAUCGACCUAUCCGAAUGGAGAGAUCAUAGAGUGUUAGCCAAGCAGCAUAGACUUUAUAUCCCAGGAGUUAUAAGACAGGCGGAAGGCUGCAAGGUUGUUGUGGAACUCGACGGUCAGGAGCAAAGCCCGAUCGUCUACAACGACAUUUUCGGGGCCAACAAAUACGAUGUGAUCAGUGACGCGAGCCCGUUACUCAACCAUCUGCUGAUAGGGUCGCCAUGUGUGGUGAGGACCACGGAUCCGAGCCGGGAGAGUGUGCAAAACGUUUUUGUGGAAGGACUUGUUGUGGAAGUGCUUAGUUCGCCGAUUAGGAUAAGAGUUAAGCAGGUAGACGGUAUUUGCAAGGAAUCCGUGGAAGUAAAGCGAGCAGACAUCCGCCUGCUGCAGCCUCCUUGGGCCGACGAGCUCGAGGACGCUGGCUCACACGCUGCCACCAUGCACUCGCAGCGGGUGAUGGUGCCCAUGCAGAUGAGCGAAAACUUCUACACAUCGUCGCCGCUCGGCACCGGGCCCGUAGUCACCGUCGGGGCCCUCUCAAACGGCUCCAUGGACGAGCUGCGCAAGAGGCCCUUCGAUGACUACUGCGAGAGCGACGACGAACUACGCAGGGAGGACAUUAUGUUCCCCGACCAGGCGCAUAUGGACUGUAGCAACAGCAAACGCAGCAGCCUGCAGAGUCGCGGCAGCACCUCCAGUCUGCUGGAACGCAGCAUCACACCACGAUCUCAACCCCCCACUCCCAGAUCUCAAGCGGCAACCCCGCACAAAUACAAGAAAGGCGAUGUCGUGUCCACCCCGACCGGCAUCCGGAAGAAGUUCAACGGAAAGCAAUGGCGGCGGCUUUGCUCCAAAGAUGGCUGCUCCAAGGAGAGUCAGCGCCGUGGGUUCUGUUCAAGGCAUCUGUCUUUGCGAGGCGUGGCAAGGUCUUCUAACACGCCACUGGCACAGGGCUCAGCGCAGCAGAGAAGCAGCAGUAAAUCCCUCUCAUCAAGCGGCACGGGCGUGGAAGGCGACGAAACAUCCCGCGAGUCCGACACGACUCCGCCCAGCUACCGACACGUGGCCGGCCGCUUCGACCCGGACGAGACCGAGGCCGCCAACAUGCUGGUGUCCUUGGGCAGCUCGCGGUCGGGCAGCCCGGGGCUGUCUCCGUCGGGCUCGCCGGCCGGCACGGCGCUGCGCAGCAACGUGUUCGUGCCCAUCUCCUCGCCGCAGCCACCGAGGGCGCUGCCGCCGCACCAGGCCGCCAUCUACCCUCAUCUCAUCAGGCCGGAACUGGUUCGGCCGGGCAGAGUGAGUCCGCCCGUCAACAGUGUGGCCACGAGCGUUAUAAGAGUAUCACCGGCUCCUACCUACCAUUACCAGGUCGAAAACCGCAACGGGACCACAACCAUCCAAACGAACAGUAUCAGCCAACCCAACGUGAUCGGCGUGCAGACCUCCGGCCUCAACAUCCAGAGCUCCCUCCAGAACUCGCUCAACUCCCCCCUACCCAGCCUCAGCCUCCCCUCCAGCAUAUCCCUCAACCUAAGCUCCCUCAACGGGCAGAGCUUACAGACAAGCAUAGCCAACACGCUCCGCACGGCGAAGCUAGACGAGAUACCGCAUAACCUGGUGAUGCAUAGGACUAUACCGACCUCGAAUGGGAUAGACUUGGAGCAUAUAUAUCGGGCGCAGCCGUUGAUGAGGAACGGCAUACAUGAUUAUAGGCGGGAGGAGUCGCCUACUAUGAAUAAUCAUGUUAAUUUUGUGAGGAAUUAUGAGGAGGAAGAUCAGCGAGAGCACGUGAGGCUGGAGACACGUCCCGAGCCGACCGAGGCGCGAGUGGUGAAGCCCGCGCCGCUACAAGCGAGGCUGUACGUCAUACCGCAAUCCACAAAUGAGAAGAAAUUCGUGUUUAUAAAAAACGAGCCAGCUGAGACUGUUCAGAUUGAACAGAAAACGCAUCAGUUAGCGCAACAGAUGAACAUUAACAUCAACAACAAUGACUCCGACCACGACCAACACAGGCCCCUGGAUAACGGGGAUCAUGUGAACAACGGCAACGGCAGCGCAGUGAUCGUGCGGCCCAGCCAGCUGCUGCCGGUGCUGCCGCCGCCCACGCCGCACACGCACAUCAUAGUGUCAACGAGCGGUGUCAGUGGCGGCGUGUUCCCGUGGCAGUCUCUAGUACCUCUCCUGACGGCGUCAUCUCCGCCCGCACCCGCCAGCCCGCGCACGCCACGCACGCCGCACACGCCACACACGCCGCAUACCCCGCAUACGCCACAUACGCCGCACACGCCGCACAUCAAGCAGGAGGAGAUCAAGUCUGAGGGUGUGGACGGCAUAACUUCCAUGUGUACGGAAGAAGACGAGGAAGUAUUCGACUGCGACGAACCUAGCGGAGGCGACGAGAGCAGCAAGCGGCGCUCACACAGCCUGUCGUCGCUGCCCGCGGCCGGCCCGCAAGAGAAGAAAGAACACAACCGCAUCCGCCGGCCAAUGAACGCCUUCAUGAUAUUCUCGAAGCGACACCGACAAAUGGUCCACCAACGGCACCCGAACCAGGACAACCGUACCGUCAGCAAGAUCUUAGGCGAGUGGUGGUACGCGCUCAAACCUGAGGAGAAGCAGAAAUACCACGAGCUGGCUAGCGAGGUCAAGGAGGCUCAUUUCAAAGCCCACCCCGAAUGGAAAUGGUGCAACAAGGACCGAAGAAAGUCAUCCAGCAGCCGGGACCCUACAGGGUCCAUGCCGCAGAGCCCACGGACCCCAUCGGAGGGCCCCAAUACAAGCAGCGCCUCCGACCUUCCCGUCACGGUGGCUUCUUUCAACCAUGCUAGUUCACCGCAACUUAGUGAUGACGAGAAGAUGAUCACUGCCUCUAUCUGCGAAGAAGCGGCGGUGGCGGCGCACAACGCCGAGAUGGACCUGAAGUGCGGCGAGCGCGUCACGGACUCCGACUCCGACACGCACGAGCCGCGCGACUUGUUCAAGCACCGCGACACGCGCCGGCCCAAGCCCAUCAAGGCCAGAGCUGGUUCAUCUGACAAUCUGCUCGGCGGCAUAACCGCGUCGAGUCCCGGCGGGUCUAAGGUGUUCCAGCCCACUGGUGGCGCCUUCAAGUCCACACAUGCCGACUCGGAAACCCACCGGCAAUGGAACGCGUACGCGCACAAUAAGAUCAACCACGUGCCCGCCUCCCCGCACAGCACCGCCGCCAUCACUAGCAGCGUGCAAGGAAUAUCACUCUCCACGCCCAACCUUACUACACAAGCGGCGCUGGAUAACGCCAUCGCUUCGCUAAUGUCGCCAACACCUACGUCUGGCGUGCAAGUGAUAUCCAGUGGCGUCUCGAAUGUGCAGUCUGUGCCUCAAGGGAACCUGAGCAAUGCGUUACUGAAGAGCGUGACGCUAGUGAAGCGCAGUGUCGGUGACAAUGCCACGGGUCCUCUGACGCUGUCCGUGGACGCAUCAGGCAACCUGCUGCUGAAGGCCAGCCAGGCCGGCGAGGUGCCCUCGGAGCCGCAACUGCACUACGUGCAACUGCAGAGGCUCUAUGUACCUUCGUUUAAUACUGAAGUUGAACCGCCCAAGAGUCAAAGCCAAACCGUACAAGGUCCGGGUCCGGGCCAGUCUGUGAUAGUCUCUCAGAGCAACACUCAACCCACGCAGAAACCUAAUGCGCAAUGGGACAGUCCCGCAGAAGAAACCCGUCCAUUUCCUCUAGCGCCCACUCCUGCGCAGCUGGGCCGGGCGCCGCUGCAGAAGCGACUCAGCAGAGGCACGUCGACGGGCUCGGCGGGGUCGGGCUCGGCGGAGGCGGGCGGGUCUGCGCCGGCGUCGCCGCGCGAGCCGGACCCCAAGAAGAGCCUCUUCAAGAAGGGCACCGAGGACGGACGCGACAAGGUCCUUGAAACGGUGAACUUUGAGCAGAAAUUCAGUAUACUACCGCAGUUCAAGCCCGAAGCGUGCAGCCCCAGCGUCGUGGUGCCGAGCAGCCCCCAGUUGUACCUCAGGAAGAAACACAACAACAGAAUAGAAGAGGAAGUACCAACGAUGACGCCGGUGAUGGAGCCCGAGCCGCUGCCGAGCGGCGCCAUGCCGACGCCGCACUCGUACGGAACCCCACACACCACGACCAAGCUUGUUGGCAACACUUUCUUCGGGCCUGACUUCAACUUGGACACCUUUAGAGUAUCAGAGAGUAUGGAAGAAAUGUCGCCGCGUACGCCGUGUACACCGGGUGGGGCACGAGGGGAAGCUGGGCACAGGCGGGUACUGGAGCAGCGCCGGCACCUCGUGCUCAAGCUGUUCCAGGAGCACGGCAUGUUCCCCACCACGCAGGCCACCACACACUUCCAGGCGACGCACAUGGACAUAUUCCCAAACAAGAUGUCUCUGCAGCUGAAGAUCCGCGAGGUGCGUCAGAAACUCAUGGCGCAGUCCAACCUCACCCCGCAUUCCGACAUCAACACGCCCACUAACGUGAACUCGCCCAUGUCUGCGCUGCAGCCCACGUCCACGGCCAGUUAGCGCUGCGGCCUCACCGUCUCCAUCGUGCUGCGCGAGUAACACCACACACACACCGACGGUUAGCACACACUUGCCACACAUCUGCGAAAACUGUAUUCAACGUUCUGAAAUCGUAGUCUAUUUACGCUAAGCCUGCACCGAUUUGGCCCACAAGCCCACACUGUUAACUGUACAUCGGUGGAGCUUAUGCCUUAUGUAAUAAGGUCCAUCGAUGUACAGUUAGGAGUGUUGUACAUACAGUCACGGGCUUUAAUUGUUGAGCCAUUUAGGGUUUACUUUACAUUGGACAUUUCAUACCAUUAGUAUUGACAACCAAAUUAGCUUGAAGCUUAGAUGGGUCAACAAUUAAAGUUUGUGACCGUACUCUUGGGUGAGUUGGGAAGUUGGGAGUGAUACUGUAUGUAGACGUAGACUCUGGCCAGCGAGACGUGUCACAAAAAUGUGGUAAAAUAAAAAUUUAACUUGCCAAUAAAAUCAUUUGAAUGGCAUAAUUGACAUGGCUCAUUGGCAAGCUCUAUUCAACACAUGUUCUCGGGCAUUUACCAUGUAACACUAGAAGGGAGAACUGAACGCGUUGAUGUAUAGAUUGGAAAUGAAUUCGGCUUCAAUAUGUCAAGUCCGGAUAAUAUGAUGCGCGCAAUUUUGUUAAUAAACUAGUACUGAAUACAAGCUCUGAGACAUGUAUUUAUACUCAGACACACCCGCCUUGCCAGAGUUGAGAAAAGGGCGCGAAAUUCAAAUUUUCUAUGGGAGGCCAAUCCUUCGCGCCUACAUUUGCCGCCUUUUUUACUGACAAAGUGGGCGUGCCAGAGUAUAGUUGACUACUGUUUAAACGUGUCAUACACGUAAACUUUAACUACACUUAAAAUGGUGUUACUGUGGAAAUGUUGCAAUAGAAAAACAUUGUAAUGCUAACCGCCAAAUAAUGGAGACGGACCAAAAUCGUAGCGACUAAAAGUGCAAUUGCAAGUGCAAUUGUUUGCAAUUUACCUAGAUUGCAUUUAAAGGAUUUUACUAUUACAGACUAACUUCAUAUUUCAUAUUAAUAAAUCAAUAUAAAACUGUCUGUACUUUUAGGUAUUAAAAAUAAUAAAUACGUAAAGUUUGAAGCCAAUGUGGUUGGGUCAUUCGGCCAAUGAAAUAUUACCAUAAAUACAAAAUACCCCACAUAUAGAAACUGUGUUUAAGAUACUAAAUCAUUGGCGGAAUUGUCUAUUUUAAAUACCUUAAAGACAGACUAUACAAAAAAAUAAUCAAAAAUAUUUGGUAAUCUGUGUGAGAAUCGAGGUUAUGAUUGUACUAAGGACUGUUAGUGUCAUUUAGUUUUACAUUUCGUUUGCCCAAACUCAUUUAUGUUAGCGACUGUGCUGUCGAACAAGCAAGAUCUUUGAUUUAACCCUUUGACCGCUAAAGACGUCAAAUGACGCGCGUGGUUACAGCCCAAUAUCAACCUUCGUGCAUUACGAUAAGGUUCACGUUGACUCGUUCAAAGGUUAAAGCUCACUUAAGCAAGCUAGGUCCAGAGUUUAACAUGCCUAGUUAAACUUUGGACUUUUUAGUACGAUCUAGAAUAACUGUUAACUCUAUUUUCCGCAAGUGAACUCGCAAGUCUUAAAACUAAUGCAAAAGUGAGAUAGAACGAAUCUUUCAACUUUAACCCAUUGAACGCGACGCCUAUCGUGUGUGGCGCGUCAUUGUGAACCUUUUCGGAAUGCACGAAGGUUGAUAUUGGGCUGUAGCCGCGCGCGUCAGUUAUCGUCUUGAGCGGUCAAAGGGUUAAAAGCUUAGUAGACGGUAAGAGCUGACACACAUUUACAUCAUCAUAUUUACUCAGUGUGGGUGAUCUCAAUACAUUUGUAUCUGUAUAUAAGUCAUAUGUGUUCCAUUAUCAGUUGGGUUUGUUCAUUAUUUCAUCACACGUCACAAGGCUUCGGCGAAAUGAACUAUUACAAAGUUAACGUUGAAAUUGCACCUUAUGUCGUACUUGUAAGGUCGCAUUUUCAACUAUCACUUGGUAUGUAUGGAAUCGUUCCGCCAAAUUUUGUGACUGCUAGCUUCCUGCUGUUUCAACUGGCGUUCAAUAGUUACUGCAGCUUCUGUUAAUUAUGAAUACAAAUAACUUUCCAAAUCGUAAGAACGUUGAAGUUGAAACAGUGGGCGGAGGACAUACUUAUAAUAGGCAUCUAUUUAAGAGUCGCACGAACAAAAAAUACAUGCGUAAAAAUGGAUACACUGUCAUUUUAAAACGACAUGCUUAAAUUAAAUGAUACUUGGCAUGAACAUUAACAUAUACAUAUUUAUGUCUGGUACUAGUUUUCGUUGCUGGAAAUAGUUAUACAAAAAAAAGAGCCAGUUGAAGUUUUGUAAGUAAAACUUCCAGACGCUCUAAUUUCUUUGUACGGUCUAAAGUCUAAAGUAUUAAUUUAUGACCCAUUUCGUACUUUGUCACAGUGACAAUCAAUAUGAAAGUCGCUAGAGACUGUGCGCGUUGGAGGGUCUGCCAUCUUGUGGCCUGAAUCUGAAACAUAUGUGCACAAUGUACAUUGCCAAAGCAAGUGCUACCAUCUCCCGUUCUCCUCGAUACGUUUCCUUGUGCAUAGUAGGUUCUGCCAUCGUGUGGGCUACAUCGGAAGCAUAAACGACACAUUUACGCCUCGUGCCAAAAAUCCGACGUCUCCUAUGCUGCCCCCGUGCCCCCUAUAGUUCAUGCACGGGACCUAGGUCAUAAAUUAAAACUUUCGACUGUAUGUAUAACAAUUUAUAGCAACUAAAACAAGUACCAGACAUAGAUAGAUAUAUGUUACCUGAAUGUUUAUAUCAAAUUUCAUGUUAAAUAUUUCGGAAUGUUGUUUUAAAAUGUAUUGUAUGGCGGCGCCUAGGUUCGUGUGGCUCUUAAGGGUCAUUAUGAUGUGUUUUACGUAUCACUGACAUGCCAAUAAGGCAUUAGUUGUAUCGUGUCGGCCUACCUUCAAAUGACCCAAUAUUUGAUAUCUAGACAAAGUUUUACAAAGAUCUAUGGCAUUCAUCUAUUUCGUUGUUGCAUUUAUUAUCGUUCAUGUCGACCACGCGUUAUUCGCUAAGUUUAUAUCGUAAGGUCAUCUCGUGUGUGUAACGGAUAGCUUCCCGUACGUAUAGAUUGAAUGUGGAUUUUAACGAAACUGGUGCGUACCAAUUAAUUAUUAUUUAGGUACACUGUUUAUUUUUAUCGUUUUAUAUUUAUGUUGUGAUCUUGGUCUUCCACGAGUUUGAAAUCUUUUCGUUUAUUUAGAUGAUUAUCUAUUUAAUAAUUUCUUUAUGUACAGUGACUUACUUUAAGCUAUAAGUGGAGUGAUUUUGAAUUAUUUUUCGAUGCCAUGUUUGAUCGUGGAGCGCCGUGGUGCGCGGCCUAGUGUCAGCUUGCACUAGGGGUAUUCCAGAAGAGUGUUGCUAUUUUUAACAGUUCUGAUAAAACUAAGAACCCGAUAUUUGGCCUGAUAACUUAGCUUUUAAUUCAACGGUGUAUAAUACAGAAUUCUGCAGGUUAUUAAUAUGGCUGCCAUACGCGUCGCGUUCACGACAAAGUAGACCUUUUUGUGGAAUACCCCACUACACCUACAGCGGAUUUCUCGCGUCCGUAUUUGCCUGAUAUCGAUGUGCAUCUCUUUCAUUUGCUGUAUUGAAAAAAAGAGAUGCAACACUAAUAUUUUCGAAUGGGCAUUGGUCGCGCGAAGUGCGGCCUCAUACAUUUUCUAUCACUUAAGACAGCGCAUAAGGAUUCUGUCAUUUUAAAUCGACCGAUACGGUUUACAAAAACAGCUCAAACGAUAACGACACUAGAUAAAUCAAUAUUUAUAUUAUAAUCUCAUUGUAAAUAUUAGAUUUAUGUUAUACUAGUGCUAAGUGUUCCCGGCUCUCAAAGUAAUUAAGUUUUUUAUUUAGAGAAUGCUAAUGAUAUAGACAAAAGAAUAUAAAAUUUAUACUUGAGAAUUUUCGGCCAAUACAAAUGUUAUGUAUAUCAAAAUUGUAUUUUUUAAAUGAUCUCUUCGGCGUUAUAGUGUUAGGAAAUUGCUUUAGGAGUCCGGAAGUGAAAUGAAUUUAUUAAAAAUAUAAACGUAAGAAAUAUUUUCGCACUGUUAUAUCUUAAUAGUCGCGUAGUCAAUUGAUCUUUAAAUAAUAAUUGUUGUCAUAAUCAUACCAUACAGAUGCUGAUGUAGUACCGUUGUUACCAAUUAGAAUAACAUACACACAUACUUUUAUACACACAUUAGUACUAUGUAUAUGCCAACCUCACCUCUUAUCAAAACAGAUGUCUAUAAUCAAUAUAAUAUGCCGUCGCCCACUUUUUGAAUUUAGAAAGAGUAGGGAUAGGUCUUAUCCCGGCUCCAAAUUGCAUGAGAAAUAUGUCUCGAUGUCUGGGCUCGCUUUGUCCAAAUAGAUCAUCCCAAAAUAAUGUUUCGAGAUAGUCAGGUGCUAGGAGCAUGUAGAUCUACUUAAUAUAGUGCUCGAACAACUGAGUAUCUCUCAAUAUUUUUAUAUUAUAUAUACCUAUAGUAAUUCCCCAUUCGAUCACAAAUCUAUCCAUCGCCACACAAUAGUACGUCAUAGUUGUAACAUUAUUUGCAAUUUCGUAACUAAUAAGCGUUUUAAUAUUUGCAACUGGAGUAAGUGACCCGGCGACUCCAUUCCAAAGCCCGAAACUUCCGCGACUGCUAAACGAGCCGAAAAGCAACUCAUAAUAUUAAUGAGAUUAAAAACAUACUCCAGUGCCUAAAUUAUAUAUUUAUACUUUCAAAUAGCUCGACGAUGUCGUUGGCUUAAUAUGCAAUUAUAAUUAUAUUUAUAAUUUUAGAUUGUGUUGCAAUAUCGUUUAUGUAACAUACAAAUAAUAGUUUUGUUUAAUGUAUGCUUGUGAUGUUUGUACUUGUUUCCAUUUGUUUUAACUGUCCAUGAGUUUAAGUUUGCGAAUGAUCGGUUGCUUUCGAGUUUUAAUUUUCCGCGUGUUAUAUUUACAAUUAAUGAAAAAACACACUUUCAAGUUAGUCUGCGUAUGCUAGUGCCUUUUUGACUCUCAAAACUUAGUGUAUUCUACUUGUCUUAUGCUGUUGAAGGAUGUUAUUCGAGAAACAGAAGACUUACUGUGAAAAACUAAUUUCGGAUAUUCGUUUUUCGCAGUAGGGCCUCUGGUUGUUACGUUUUACUCUCGCGUCUAGGUUUUGUCAGUCAACAAACUAUUGUAAUAUGCAGAUUGUUUUAUUAGACUGAAUUAUGUAUGUUACAAAACAUUUUCAUUGUUAUAUUUUAAGAAAUAUGAGCAAUUACUGCUGAACGACUUUUUGAAUGAAAGCAUUUUCGUUAUUUAUUUCUUCUACAUAAGGCAUUAGUCUAAUUGUUUAGUCAAAAUGUAACUGUAAAUAUCUUGUUUAGAAGUUUUAUUUAGAAUUAAGUGUUCAAUUUAAUGUCGAUUAGAUUGAAUUAGAGAAAGAAAUCAUAAUAGCUAAUAUCUGAAGCAGUAAUCUUUUGUGUGGGAGUUUUCGAAUCCAACUUAUGGACCAAUAACACCUUUAACUUAGACUCUAUAAUAUAUGAAGCAACAAACUCUGCAGAACUGGAGCUACCGGCGUGUGGACAGUUUGUUCAAGCAUAUUGGAUCAUUGUACGAACUUAUGUUAAAACAUAAAAACCACGAAAACA